ACAACAUUGGGCCGCAGGCGUUGAAGCUCCACUGACUUUGACUUUAGUUCUUUACUACUUAGCAGGAAUUUAGAGCAUCAUGAGUGAGCCACAGAAUACCAACGAAUCAACAGAGGAAGAUGCCACUGAACUGCAGUUUCCAAAAGGUAUGGAUGGCAUAUGGGAAGCAGGUGUGAGUAGGGCUGGACUGCUGGAGCCUCUCAUUGACCCACCUGUCUCUUGUAAGAAGUGCAGCACAGUAGCCAAAGAACCAUAUAUUCAGUGUGCAGAAUGUAAGCACCAAAAUAGAAUGCCAGUCACAUUAUGCGUGCCAUGUUUUACAAAAGGAGCUGAAUUUGGCUCUCACCGAAAUGAUCAUUCAUAUAUGGUUAUCAGGAAUGACUUUUGUCUUUUUGAACAAGGCUGGCAGGCAAAAGAAGAACUGCGAUUAAUAAAUGCCAUAAAUGACUGUGGCAUCGGGAAUUGGCAAGAUGUUAGUUAUCAGAUGGAAGGGAAGUCUGCAGAAGAAUGUAAAAGACAUUAUCUGAAAUAUUAUAUAGAGGAUGCACAUCCAGAUCUACCCAAAAUUUGUCAAAGAGAUGUAUCAAAUAUUGUCUACCCACAGCCAGUGACUUAUGAAGGAGGAGGAGAUGAUCCUCCUCGACCACUUCCAGGAACAGCAACCUGCAGAGACAUGGCAGGAUACAAUGCUGCUCGCGGUGACUUUGAUAUUGAACAUGAUCAUGGAGCAGAGUCUGACAUCCAAGAUUUAGAUUUAAAACUAUUUGAAGAUGAUGAGAAGCCAUCUCUGGGUAUGGAAUUACAAAUUGCUCUUCUGGACAUUUACAGAAGAAGGCUUGGAGAGAGAUUUAAAAGAAAGAAAAUAAUGCGUGAUCAUGGACUGAUAGCUAUGAGUCGAGCUAUAAUGUCACUAAAUCGUUAUCGUUCUUCAGUUUCACAGAAUUUGGGUGAAGCCCUGCAAAAGUUUCAUAGUAUUCUGGGUUCAGAAGAAUUAGAUAUGCUAUUGGAAGGCUUGAAAUGGGAAGCUGAACUUAAGAGGCAGAUAAAUGAUCUCAUGGAAUAUCGCACUAAUGGAAUAUCUAAGCAGACAAACAUCAUUACUUAUGAGACUUUGAAAAGAAGACGAGAGACAAAUCUUAAGGAACGCCGGAAUCUUGUAGUUUCACAGAAGGAUGGUGGAGACAUAAAGUGGGAUGUGAUUAAUAAAAGUAUUGCACCUUUAGGUGCAGCUAUUUCUGGUUCUUCAAGACGAGUUAGUGUACCUCUCAAUAUAGCAGGAAAGCCUGGUUAUGAAAACCUUACUGAUACAGAGAAACAGAUUGCUUCAGAACUCCGUCUCCUGCCUGAGGAUUUCCUCAAAUUCAAAGCUUCGUUUAUUGAUGAAUGUCGAAAAUUGAAUGGUUUGAGGCUAGCUCAGGCAAGAACACUAAUAAAGAUAGAUGUAAAUAAAAUCAGAAAAAUCUAUGAUUACCUUUUAGCUGCAGGCCUUAUUCAUGUUCCAAAGAAAAAGUAGACUUACUUUGUGACUAGUAACUAUCUAAUAUGUAAUAAAAAGCAUACAAAGUGGUUUGUUCUGGAAUAGAGGUUUAUUUUGUUGAAGUUUACCAUGAUAUUUAUCUCAGGAGGGUUAGGAUACUAGUUAAAUAUGUUUCAUUAAUAUCUUUGUUAUCUUCUUAAAGUUUUAGUCAUAAUUUAACAUGGUACAAUUUGCAUGAAACAUAUCACAUUUUCCUUUUAAAGAACAAGGUUUGAGAGCUUCUCCAUUGUAUUGUAGGUAAAUUAUAUUUUUACAAGUUAUUUGAUACAGAAGCAAUGAACAAUUUUACCAAAGUAGCAGUCGAUAAUAUUUAACUGAACAGCAAUGAUGUUCAGUUUGUAAGUCUCUGAAUCUUUGAUGUGUUUGUU